CGCCGCCGCCCCCGCGCGCAGCCAUUGCGGGCAGGCCCCGGCGCUGCGGCCCCGUCCGCCCGGGGACAUGGUGCGGGGAUGGCGGGAGCCGCGCACACGUUCCCGCUGCACCGCCUCGUCUGGCACAACCGGCACCAGGCGCUGGACAGCGCCCUCCGCUCCGGCACGCACGAUGUGGAGCUGCCGGACCCGCGGGGCCGGACGCCGCUGGAGCUGGCGGUGGCGCUGGGGCACCUGGAGUCGGUGCGGGUGCUGCUGCGGCACAACGCCAACGUGGGCCGGGAGAACGCCGGCGGCUGGACCGUGCUGCAGGAGGCCGUGAGCACCGGGGACCCCGAGAUGGUGCAGCUCGUGCUGCAGUACCGGGACUACCAGCGGGCGACGCGGCGCCUGGCCGGCAUCCCCGAGCUGCUCAGCAAGCUGAGGAGGGCAUCCGACUUCUACGUGGAGAUGAAGUGGGAAUUCACCAGCUGGGUGCCGCUGGUGUCCAAGGUGUGUCCCAGUGACGUGUACCGCGUGUGGAAGCGCGGCGAGAGCCUGCGCGUGGACACGACGCUCCUGGGCUUCGAGCACAUGACCUGGCAGCGCGGGCGCCGCAGCUACAUCUUCAAGGGGGAAGAUGAAGGAGCGGUGGUGAUGGAGGUGGACCACGACAAGCAAGUGGUCUACACAGAGACACUGGCGCUGGCCCUACACGAGCCUGACCUGCUGCUGGCGGCCAUGCAGCCCUCCGAGGAGCACGUGGCCGGGCGGCUGACGUCCCCCAUCGUCUCCACGCACCUCGACACCAGGAACAUCGCCUUCGAGAGGAACAAGUCUGGGAUCUGGGGCUGGCGCUCGGAGAAGAUGGAGGUGGUGAGCGGCUACGAGGCCAAGGUGUACAGCGCCAGUAACGUGGAGCUGGUCACCAAGACCAGGACCGAGCAUCUCUCCGACCAGGACAAGUCCCGCAGCAAAGGCUCCAAGACCCCCUUCCACUCCUUCCUGGGCAUCGCGCAGCAGCACAGCACCCACAAUGGGGCGCCCGUGCUGCAGGCCGCCAGCCCCACCAACCCCACAGCCAUCACCCCCGAGGAGUACUUCGACCCCCACUUCGACCUGGAGACCCGCAACAUCGGGCGCCCCAUUGAGAUGUCCAGCAAGGUGCAGAGGUUCAAGGCGACGCUGUGGCUGUGCGAGCAGCACCCGCUGUCACUGGCGGAGCAGGUGACCCCCAUCAUCGACCUCAUGGCCAUCUCCAACGCGCACUUCGCCAAGCUGCGGGACUUCAUCACCCUCAAGCUGCCCCCCGGCUUCCCCGUCAAGAUCGAGAUCCCCCUGUUCCACGUGCUCAACGCCCGCAUCACCUUCAGCAACCUCUGUGGGUGCGACCAACCCCUGGGCUCCGUGCGGGUGUGCGCCCCCCCGCAGCCCCCCGGUACCCAGCCCCCCGGAAACAGAGGCUGGCCCUUCCCGUGCGAGGUGGAGGCGGGGGUGUUCGAGGUGCCCGCGGGGUACACGGUGCUGGGCGCGGGGCGCAGCGAGCCCCUGCGCGACGAGGACGACGACCUCCUGCAGUUCGCCAUCCAGCAGAGCCUGCUCGACGCCGGCACCGAGACCGACCAGGUGACGAUCUGGGAGGCGCUGACCAAUACCCGCCCGGGCAGCGACCCGCCGCCCUAUGACGAGGAGCUGCAGCUUGAGCGGGCCCUACAGGAGAGCAUGCUGCUGCAGGCGGGCCCCAGCACCGAGCCCCUGCCCGCCGGGACCCCCCCCGGUGCCGGUGCCGGUGCCGGUGGUGGCGGCGGGGAUGGCAGCGGCCCCGCGGUGCCCCCCGGUUACGGCAGCUUCGCGGAGCAGCUGCGCUUGGCCAUGGCGCUGUCGGAGCGGGAGCAGGAGGAGCGGGAGCGGCGCCGGCGGGAGGAGGAGGAGGAGCUGCAGCGCAUCCUGCGGCUGUCCCUCACCGACAAGUAGAGC